AUGUGCUCUUUGUUUCCAGCUCUUCUCCUCUUGGGUUUGUUACGCACAGUGCUAGGUUCCAAUGAUCCGUUAUGGGACUCCAAUGAGGACGGGAACUUUCGCCCUCAAAAUAUCACCGGCCUCAGCCAUUGGCUCUAUGGAUGGCGUGGAACAUAUUAUAAUGGCACCGUGACCAUGCAAAUGACUGUAGUGGACUGGACGACCGAAGAUGAUGACGAUGACAAGCCAUGUCCUGCUUUCCUUGACCAAACUCUCGAGAUAUCUUAUGAUGCUGUACUUGCAAUUACCAAGACUGUCCAAGGCGACGAAAAUCCUAUCAUGAUGGUUCUCACACCAUGGCAAAGAGGAAUAAACCUGACGACCCAGAGAGAUACAGAUUAUUAUCGUUGGGAACGACUGCCAUUCAGGAUUUCAUCCCUGCCUGAUUAUCCAAGAUUGGGUUUUCCAAUUAACUCAAAGCGAACCUGGAACAUCUCCACCAGCCUCACCAGCGACAACGCCUUCUCCCUUGCCGGCGCCUUCAAUUACGAUCCUAAAUCCUCAAGCAACCCAUGGAUAAAUCUUAAAUUUAACCACACCAGCUGUUCAUUUAGUCAAACACUGUACGCGGGCGCUAUCCUUGUACCGCGGAACAGACGCAACCGUCUCAAAUACGAAACUAUCAAAGGGCCACAGCUUCGCGGACAGUUCGACAACAGGUCCGCAUCAUUGACGAUUGAUGGGUUUUUCCAGGUAAAUCCACCUAGCAUUCCCGAGGAAGGGCUGAUAUCAGGGCCAAUAAGGAUUGGCUUUUUGGGUUCCGUUGAUGCAAGUCGGUCGGACGACAUGUUGAAACCCGUGAAUGAUACACCGAUGUGGAAUAUGAGCCUUGGGUUUGAUAGAGAUUUGUCGGGGAAAAUAUCUGCAGCAUCUAGGAUUGCGCAGGGUCUCUCGACAACAAUGUUCUAUGCGAUCAUUGUUCUUUUGGUGUGCUUGUCACUGCUUUGA